AUGAAACUGAUAUCUCCAACCUUCGCCUUUCGUUUCAUAAUCAUCUUCUCCGCCUUCCAAAACCUAUCCCACGCCAAAUUCGAAGGGUGGAGGCCCAAACUAGCCGACAGAAAUGAGGUGCCGAUGUCUCUCGACGUUUGGACCGAAUGGAUUGUGUCAAACGCCCCAACAUUCCGCUCCAUCAAUGAGCAAAUCGACUUUUUCAAAGAAGUCCGUACUAAAAUCUGCCCGUUGGGACCAGACCUCCAAACUCCAUGGUUAAGAAAAAAAAGAGCCUCUAUACCCCGGAAUAGUCUUACGUUUCUUAUCCUCGCGUUAGUAGAUAUUGCUCAACUUGGUCUAGAGAAUAUGGAAACUGUCCGAAAAGAACAGUGGACACCCAAUGGAAUGAUCGAAACGGCUUCUGCAAAAUUUGUUCGUGAGAAGUUAGGGUGGGGUCUAGAUCGGGCUAAACUCGUUAAUAACGCGACAAAUAUCGAGCUUUGGCUUAAGACUAUCAGCGAAGUGGCUUCUCUCUCUUGGGGUACGUUUAAUAAUAUAGAAACCGAAAUCAAUAAGCAAAGCAUGUUAUCAGGACCAGGGAACUUAACAGGCCCAAACAUUGUCGAAGAAAGAGCCUGGGAACUGGGGAAAUUCAUGACAUCGAUGGAAAUGCCGUCCAAAGAAAUUCCUUUUGUCAAAGUCGACCUAAAUGCCCCGCCUCACAUCCUCGGCGAACUUGAAUCGUUUCGAAAAGAUAUGUGGCAAUCUACAUAUAAUGCCAAUAAUUGGAAUAUACUGGCAAGGAAAUUUGGUUUUGAUCACCCCUUCUUUGGGAAAUAUAUCAACGAGGAACCGUUUAAGUAUGAUCCAGAUUUUGGCUACCGUGCUGUAGGCAAGGAGGUUACACUUUCAAAUUUAUUUGACUAUUUCCUGGCCUGGUAUGGAUGCUGGUAUCGGCCUUGGGCGGAUCUGGUCAAUUUAGUACUGAAGCUGACCCCAAUUCCUGGAGACAAGCACCUGAAUCGGAAAGAUACGGAUAUGAGAACGGAUAAGGGGGCGAAUAAGGGGGCAGAUUAUGGGCUAAUAGCCCGUGACCAAACAUUUAAGAUUGAAGCAGCCCGGCGGGUUCUUGCGGACGGUUACCGGGCCCAGCAGCAACAACCGUGGCGUGGUGGGCAAUACUAUCCGUUGGCGAUCGAUAAUUCAGCAACUAGGGACGUUUUUAGUCAAGAGCGGCUAGCUGAGCCAAAGAAGGAAGAGGAAAUGGAAAGCUUGAAGCGUGAGGAUAGUGUCAAAGUCGGAUGGCCUGAGGGCAAAAUUGAAGUAAAGAAAGCUGAGGAUGAAACUAAGCCUCACGUACCAUUUUGGGCCGAGGAUUAUAAAGCAUCUAUACCGAAAGUAGAAGAUGUUGGCGGUGGUUUACAGGAGAGAAGACCUAACUGGGGGACGUGGGGGAACGAGAUUGUACUAGAAGAGGCCGAGGAUCCGGUACCGCAAAUACCUUCGCUAUAUGAAGAUAAAAUAGAAGAGGAGUUUUAA